AUGAUUUUUCGGAUAGGCGUACCGUGCAAUGUGUUCUUUAUCUAUCUAUCUAUCUAUCUAUCUAUCUAUCUAUCUAUCUAUCUAUCUAUCUAUCUAAAUCUGGAUCUUUCUACCCGCCAACUCUCCGGGUGUAUUUUCUUAUUCGCUUUUUCACGUUUGUUUUUUUUUCCCUAUUAUGAAAAUGAUUCUCUUUGGAAAAAUUUUCUUUUUUACAUUAUUCAUUUUAUUUAUUUUUAUUUUUCCGUCUUUCUUUUCUUUUUCCGUUUAUUUUCCUCUUCAUUUUACUUUAUCUCUUUUUUUUCUUUCUUUGUUCCGUCCCCUCUCCUUCGACCAACCACUACAAACAUUUCUUUCUUCUUUUUUUUUUCUUUUUGGCGGAAAAUAAAAUCAUUUUCUCUCAAUAAACAAGAAGACAUGAAAAGAGAACCUGUUUAUUUGCCUGUGUUUGGUGCUCUGACUGCCUGGUCGCUAAAGCGCAGAGCAGACGAUGAGUCGGUCUCCGAGAAUCUAUCUAUCUAUCUAUCUAUCUAUCUAUCUAUCUAUCUAUCUAUGCCAUCGAUUCAUAUCUCUCUGUUUCUAUCCGGUUAA